AAAAAUAUGUAUUUUUCUUAUAGGUAUGAAUUUGGCUCCAAAAGAUGGCGCUUAUGAGACUUCCAUACAUAUUGCUUAACGAAUCUGUAUGUUUGAAGCUGUCUAUCCAAUAGUAAGCUUAGUAGGUUAAUUGUAAACUACGUUUUAUUUUCUUGUAGAUAUAUUAUGAAAAUAAUAUCUAUGUUCUGAACUAUCGUUUUUGAAAUAGUGUAUAUAGAAAACGUCGUGUGAUGUAGUGUGAUUGGUACUAACUUAAAAAUUAAUUUUAUUUUUACUUAUUUUAAGUUAUAACUGUUGUGUACAUGCCAAACAAUAACCGCGAAAGUACUAAACAGUAGCACGUGUAUAUUACUACUUUUAAUACUGUAUAAUUAAGAUAUAUAUUAAUAUAUAAGAUUUCUAUUUAAUGAAGUCAUAACAAAUCUGUCCUCAUGAUCCUGUCAAAUAUGACUGAUUUAGACGUGGAAGAUUCUUUAACAAUAUUAAAUACUCAGUUAAACAAAUCCAUGGUUCUAAUGGACACCACGACAGAGGGUGAAAUGCAUCAACCAAAAAAUAACAAAUCCAUCAGAAUUAAUACAAAAAUUCAACCACCUAAUCAGUCUAAGUCCCCUUCAACGGCUAGAAAAAGUAUUUUGAAAAAACCUGGAAGAACAAAUGGUACUGAAACGGAGCAAAGUAUAGAAAGUAGCCAGGACGUGUUAAAUAAUUCUGAUCAUAAUAAACUGCCAACAAAUACAGCUACUUUAAGACCACGUAAUAUCAAUGAUUUAAUUCAAGAGGAAGAUUUAGUAAUUGAAUCUACGGAUUCAACUUUUACCUUAGAUGAUAUAUCUGACAGUGAGGAUAUAUGGAUAAUGGAUAUUCCUCGAACAAUAGAUCCAAGAGAAUUAAAAAAUCAAACCUUAGUACUUGGAGACAAAUCAAAAUUCAAAGUUAGAGAGGAACGGUACUGCACAGUGAACAAUAAUGUUAAACUCAGUACAACUUGUGUAUUUAGUACCAACAAAGUAAAAUCACGAUUUAAAACUGUUAAUAUAAAACCAGCAGGUGCAAUUACAGUUAGACGGAAACUUUCAGGAGUUCCAAAAAUUAAACCAAUGCAGAUAGAAAACUGUAGUGUACCAUUUCCUAAGAAUUUGAAAGCACGACAUCCAUUGUUUGGUGUAAAUUUUGAAGGUAAAGUUAAAAAGGAUGCAGUAAAAUAACUUAUCUACAAACAGGUCAAUAGUGGGGAAAAAUCAAUAUUAUAUAUUAUAUAUUGCUCGAGAAUUAAAUUGUGAUCAGGAAAUUAUAUGCUGUAGUAUUUGUUAAUAAUUUACAAAUAUUCUUAUUUUUUUAUAAGAAGUCAAAGUAACAGAGCAUAAUUUUAUUGAGGUUCUAUAAAUAUAAAAUAAGCUGCAAGAUUAGCUUUGUAUUUUACAGAAUAAAAUGUGGUGUUUGAUUUCGUUAAUAUUAAAAAUUGACAAAGAAUUUAGCAUUAACUCAUAUUUAUGUUGUAUCAAUUUUACAUCUGACUGAUUUAAAUAAUUUUAAAGAUAGACUUGAGUGCAAUGUAGGUUCCCUAUGGAUAAGGGCAAGUAUAGGGGUAGGAGUAUCAUAUAUUUCUCUUCAAUUGUGUGAGUCCAAGUUUGUGAACUUGAAAUUUUCAAAUUUCUAAAUUUGAAAAUGCUCUAUUGAAUGAUUCGAAGUCCCUUUCCUUUACGUCGUUAUCUUCUAUAGGGAAACCUACUGUACAAGAUGUGCUGAUGAGAACAUACCUUGUUGUAUUUAAUAUUAGAAAUAUUUGACGUCAAUUGUUGGUACCAUUGCAAGAACGGUUACCCACUAUUUCCGGGUGCGCGCUAAAUACAAAUCACAAGAAUGCAUGAAUACAGAAAUUUAUAACAUAACUA